AUGUGGGGCCAGAGUGCCAGGAUCCGAACAAUCAUAUUAUUCUUGGAUAAUUUUUCAGCAUGCGAUGAUGGUAUUUUGGCUGCAUGUGGUGGACAGGAUAAUGUGGUGCGUUUAUGGCGUUUUUCUGCUUCAAAAAUGGCUGACGAAGAUUGUGACGAAGGAAGAAUUCGGUUUAAAACGAUUGAAUUCACAUCAUUAAAUGACAAAUCUAAAGUGACUUUCACCAUUACCAUUGAGGCGGUUUUAAGUGCACACGACGACUGGAUUUUUUCGCUGGAAUGGCAUCCCAGUAAACUGCAACUUAUGAGUGCUUCUAAUGAUAAAACAAUCAUCAUAUGGGAACCAAUGGAAGCUGCUUCUGGCUUGUGGCUUGAUAAAGUUCGUGUAGGCGAUGUUGGUGGUCAGGCGGUGGGCUUCUUUGGAGCUUGUUUUUCGCCGGAUGGCAGCACAAUUCUUGCUUACUCAUAUUUUGGAGGUUUCUUCUCAUGGCAACUUCAACAGGAAGCUGGCGAUGAUACGAGUUGGAGAGGUAUCGCAACAUUUGGUGGUCAUUCAGACGCUGUAAAAGAUAUUUCAUGGGAUCGCACUGGAAGUUGCCUUCUGUCGUGUUCAGUUGACCAGACUACACGUUGCUAUGCGCCCUGUCGUGAAUUUAAAAUGAUAUGUGAAAUUGCUCGGCCGCAGCUUCAUGGCUAUGAUUUAAAUUGCAUCACUUCUGUAUCCAGCAGUUGUUUCGUUUCUGGUGCUGAUGAAAAAAUACUUCGAGUUUUUACUGUACCGCGAAGUUUCGUGGAAGCGCUGAAAAAUGUCUCGAAGUUUGACCCAAAUAAGUUAUUCCCAAACUCUGAAAAAAUCGCCGAACGUAAUGCUUCGGUGCCUGCGUUGGGCUUGUCGAAUAAAGCUACGGACAGUAAGGCAAGUGGUGACACAGCAAGCACAAACGUUGCAUCUUUAAACGUUGGUAAGGCUUACGUUGGUGCUGGAUUGCCCACUGAGGAACAACUGAUGCAAGAUACGUUGUGGCCUGAAGUCCAGAAAUUGUACGGACAUGGCUUUGAAGUAUUCUGCGUAGCAUGUAAUCAUUCGGGCACGCUUAUUGCAAGUGCUUGCAAGGUGAGUUUAUUAUUCGAUUUUUUUUUCAUUGGUUUACACGGUUUUAAAAUCCAGGUUUGCGUUCCUUGGAUUUUCAGUUUUUUGGUGGUCUAUAAUUUCAAUUUAAGUGGUCCAUUAAUUCAGGCUAGUCGUAUUGAACAUGCAAAAAUCAUGAUUUGGGAUAGCGAAAGUUGGCGACGUCGAUGCGAGCUUCAGUACCACAAACUUACUGUUGUACAGCUUGCGUUUUCGACAAAUGACCAGUUCUUGUUAUCUGUUUCUCGCGACAGAAAUUUUGCUAUUUUUGCUCAAUCUCCGGAAGGUACUGUUUUUGCUGAUACUAUUUUUUGUUCGAUAAAAAAAAGCUUUUCCACUUGUAAAAACACUUCAGCUGCAAAUGUUGGAGAACCAUUGUGCUUUUGGCGAUUUGAUGGAAGAGAUAUUGAAUUGAUGGCGGAAAAUAAGUAUUCUUGUGCCGUGACAGCAGUUGAUUUUGUUCCCGAGAUACUUGAUGGACGUUACAUUCUUGCUGUUGGCUUUGAAAAUGGUGAAAUUGGGAUCGAAAAUUGGACCCGCAACGGUGCUAGUAGCGAAAUCACCUGCCUCAAACGAUGGCCAGCUCAUUCGCAAACAAUAAACAGACUCAGGUUUCGUCCGAAGAAAGGUUUAUGGUUGCAUGAUGAGUUCAGCGGUCUUGCGUGGGAACUGGCCUCGGCAAGCAACGAUAAUGCUGUGAAAGUUCAUCAACUCAUUUUGUAGUGUCUGGAUUAG